UGCCGCCAAGCUCCUGGACAAGAACCCCUUCUCAGUCAGUAACCCGAACCCUCUCCUCCCUUCACCUGCCAGUCUCCAGCUGGCCCAACUACAGGCCCAGCUCACCCUCCACCGGCUGAAGUUAGCACAAACAGCAGUCACUAACAACACUGCAGCCGCCACCGUCCUGAAUCAAGUCCUCUCCAAAGUGGCCAUGUCCCAACCUCUCUUCAACCAACUGAAGCAUCCAUCUGUACUCGGCAGCCCCCAUGGCCCUACUGGGGUUUCCCAGCAUACUGCCACCAUACCCAGUGCCCGAUUUCCCUCAAAUGCCAUUACCUUUUCACCCCCCAGCCAGACACGAGGCCCAGGACCUUCUGUGAACCUCCCCAGCCAGCCUGCUAAUGCUGUGGUAGUACAUCCCUUUGGUGGGGUGAUGCCUCAGACCCCCACCCAGCCAGCAGUCAUCCUGGGCAUUGGGAAGGCGGGGGCUGCACCGGCUACCACGGGAUUCUAUGAGUAUGGUAAAGCCAAUCCUGGCCAGGCCUAUAGCUCUGAAAUGGACAGUCAGCCAGGUUUCCUGCCAGCCUCAGCCUCGGCCUCAGGCAGUGUGACCUAUGAAGGCCACUACAGUCACACAGGGCAAGAUGGCCAAACUGCCUUUUCUAAAGACUUCUAUGGACCCAGUACCCAAGGGUCACAUGUAGCAGGUGGAUUUCCAGCUGAGCAGACCAGGGGCAUGAAAGGGGAAGUCGGGGGACUGCUGCAGGGCACAAACAACCAGUGGGAGAGCCCCUCUGGAUUCUCCGGUCAAAGCAAGCCUGAUCUUACAGCAGGAUCCAACCUGUGGCCUCCACCUCCCAGCCAGCCCUAUGAACUAUAUGACCCCGAGGAGCCCACUUCAGAUAGGACCCCUCCUAACUUUGGGGGUCGGCUUAACAACAGCAAGCAGGGGUUCACUGGCUCUCGGCGGCGGGCAAAGGAGGAGCAAGCGAUGCUGUCAGUGAGGCCCCUGCAGGUUCAUGAGCUCAACGACUUCCAUGGCGUGGCCCCACUCCACCUGCCGCACAUCUGUAGCAUCUGUGACAAGAAGGUAUUUGACUUGAAGGACUGGGAGCUGCAUGUAAAAGGGAAGCUGCAUGCCCAGAAAUGCCUGCUCUUUUCAGAAAGUGCUGGCCUCCGGUGUAUACUUACUUCGACAGAGGGGACACUCUGUGCCUCCCCCAACAGCACAGCUGUUUUUAACCCCUCUGGGAAUGAAGAUUAUGCCUCAAGUCUUGGGACAUCAUUUGCGGCCAUUCCAACAAGGGCCUUUGCUCAGUCAAAUCCUGCAUUUCCUUCAGUUGCCUUGGGGACAAAUUUCUCCCAGAGAAAAGGUGCUGGAAGGGUGGUGCACAUCUGCAAUCUCCCUGAGGGCAGCUGUACUGAGAAUGACGUCAUUAACCUGGGGCUGCCCUUUGGGAAGGUCACAAAUUACAUCCUAAUGAAGUCGACUAAUCAGGCUUUUUUAGAGAUGGCUUACACAGAAGCUGCCCAGGCCAUGGUCCAGUAUUACCAAGAAAAAUCUGCUAUGAUCAACGGUGAAAAGUUGCUUAUUCGGAUGUCUAAGAGAUACAAGGAAUUGCAGCUGAAGAAACCUGGGAAAACUGUGGCUGCUAUCAUCCAGGACAUCCAUUCCCAGAGGGAGAGGGACAUGUUCCGAGAAGCUGACAGAUACGGACCAGAGCGGCCACGUUCUCGCAGUCCAGUGAGCAGGUCACUCUCCCCCAGGUCCCACACUCCAAGCUUCACAUCCUGCAGCUCUUCCCACAGUCCUCCAGGCCCCUCCCGGGCGGACUGGGGCAAUGGCCGGGACACCUGGGAGCACUCUCCCUAUGCAAGGAGAGAAGAAGAGCGAGACUCUGUCCCCUGGAGGGAGAAUGGGGAGGACAAGAGGGACAGGACAGACAUGUGGGCACAUGAUCGCAAACACUACCCCAGGCAGCUGGACAAAUCUGAGUUGGAUGAUCGACUGGAAGGAGGGAGAGGCCACCGGGAAAAGUACCUGAAGUCUGGGUCCCCCAGCCCGCUCCACUCUGUGUCCAGCUACAAAGGCCGGGAAGACUGCUAUUAUCGGAAAGAGCCCAAAGCCAAGACGGACAAGUACUUAAAACAGCAGCAGGAUGCUCCAGGAAGGUCCAGAAAGAAAGAAGAGGCCAGACCAAGGGAAAGUAGACACUCUCACCCUGAGGACUCAGGCAAGGAAGAUGGGCUGGAGCCCAAGGUCACUAGGGCUCCUGAGGGUAACAAGUCCAAGCAGAGUGAGAAAAAUAAAACCAAGAGACCUGAUAGAGACCAAGAAGGAGCUGAUGACAAAAAAGAAAGCAAACUGGCAGACUUUGAGGCUGGAAAAGAGGAACAGGAGGGCAUGGAUGGAAGCCCUCAAUCAGUGGGCAGACAGGAGAAAGGAACAGAGUCGUCUGAUCCAGAAAGCACGAGGACGAAGAAGGAACAAGAAUGGGAGAGUGGAAGUGAGGCUGAGGGGGACAGCUGGUACCCCACGAACAUGGAGGAGCUGGUUACAGUGGAUGAGGUAGGAGAAGAAGAAGACUUCAUCAUGGAACCAGACAUCCUGGAGUUGGAAGAAAUUAUGCCCAUUGCCCAGAAAGACAAAAUCUGCCCUGAAAUGUGCCCCUGUGUGGCAGCCACCUUAGAUUUGGACUUGGCCAAGGAUUUCACCAAGGAAGGAGAGACCAUAGGGAACGGGGCUGCAGAAAUCAGCUUCAAGCUGCCCCGGCAACUGCCUUCUGCUUCCACGCGCUGCCCCAAUGACACGGACGUGGAGAUGCCUGGCCUAAAUCUGGAUGCUGAGCGGAAGCCAGCUGAAUGCGAGACAGGCCUCUCACUGGAGGACUCAGAUUGCUACGAGAAGGAGGCAAGAGGAGCAGAGAGCUCAGAUGUGCGUCUGGCCCCCACAGCCCAGCAAAUGUCUUCCCCCCAGCCAGCAGACGAGAGGGCCGGGCAGUCUAGCCCCUUUCUCGAUGACUGCAAGGCCAGGGGGACCCCAGAAGAUGGGGCUCAUGAAGUCAGCCCCUUGGAAGAGAAAGCCAGCCUCCCCCCUGAAAGCGACUUCCAAGGCCAGGCUUGCCAAGGCGUGUUGACCGAGGAAAACACCAGGUACAUGGAAAUGAAAUCUCUGGAUGUGAGAUCACCAGAAUUCACCGAAGCAGAGCUGAAAGAGCCCCUUUCUUUGCCUUCCUGGGAACCAGAGGAUGUGUUCAGUGAACUUAGCAUUCCUCUAGGAGUGGAGUUCGUGGUUCCCAGGACUGGCUUUUAUUGUAAGCUGUGUGGCCUGUUCUACACAAGUGAGGAGGCAGCGAAGGUGAGCCACUGUCGCAGUGCUGUCCACUACAGGAACUUACAGAAGUACUUAUCCCAGCUGGCAGAGGAGGGCCUGAAGGAGACAGAGAGGGCAGGAAGUCCAAGCCCUGAAGACAGCGGAAUCGUGCCACACUUUGAAAGGAAAAAGCUUUGAUGCUGUUGUUGCCACCACCACUGUUUCUGGAAGAUGGACGGGAAGCCGGCUGAAGUGGGGCCAGCCUGGCCACAGGGACAGGACUGAGACCAGAGAGGAAGGAGAGCGGGCAGGACAUGGUGCUUGGGCUUGUUCCCAGAGACUCAUCAAAACACCCCUGUGUCUCUGGGGAGCUGCCAGCUCUCCUUUGUGGGUCCAGCCCACCAAGGUGACCAGCUCCCUGUGGGCUCCUGUUUCUCCCCCGCAGUCUUUCAGUUUGCUCUUUCUUCCUCUCACCUCUCCCUUCUGUGCCAAGGUUAUUUUCCUGUCCAUAAAAUCCAACUUCUCAGGGAUUGCUACUGUGCUUAAAGUGUUGAUAGGUUAUAGCAGGUCAGAUGAGGCUGAGUCAUACAAGGAAAAGUUUUAACAGAAGCCCUUGAAUGUGGACAGCCACUUCAGUGAAUCUGCAGCGCUCUUACAACCUGUCCUUCUGUGUGCCCAAGGAUGGGGGAGCCGAGUCGGGUUCUGUAGUCCUGAGGGAAGACACCAAAGAAUCGGGUGGCAGAGAUGUGAGUGACUUCAUUAAGGCUUCCUCCAGCUUGGUCAUUUUGAAAAGGCCCUGUUUUUCUUUUCUUGGCUAGUGCUGGGAAUUGAACCCAGAACCUUGCACAUUCUAAACAGGCUCUCUACUGCUGAGCUACAUGCCCAGCCAAAAAUCUCUCAGAUUUGUUUUGUUUUGAGGCAGAGUCUCCUGUGAUCCAGGGAUUGCCCUGAGUUUGUUAAGAAACCAAGGGUGACCUUGAACUUCUGAUCUUCCUGCCUCUACCUCUCCAGUGCUGAGAUUACAGGUGUUGUGGUGCUGUGGAUCAAACCAAGAGGUGCAUGCAUCAGAGGCAAGCACUUUACCAACUGAGCAAUGUGUCCAGCCCUAAAGUCCCUGUUUUCAAGAACUCAUGCUUCCUCAGUUAUUUUAGAAAUCCAUGAGGUUGAUGCCUUAAAGUAAAAUCAUAUUAAUUUGGUGUGGAAAAGAAGAGCCCUCCAUUGUGGGAGUUCUGAUAGAGUCCAUCCAAACUUGCUUCCUUCUUGAUUUCAGGAAGUGUCAGGAGUUAUUCUUUGUAGGACAGUAACUUCGUUAUAAAUUCACUUUAACUGAAAUUGAAGCUAAUGUCUUUCCCUAUAGCUAAAGCAGCAGUUGCUGUGGGCCCACGGCACAUACUGAUAACUGCAGUGCACAGCACUGGCCUGACUCAGUAUCAAGGAAUUGGCAUCUGACCUUGACUCACCCCUUGGUGCUUCUACUUUUGGCUCCAACUGACCUUGUAUUAGAAUGAUUUCAAAAUUAACCCUCAGUAGGGGAGAAGUUAAAACAUUUGCUUGCUGGGUAUUUGUAGGUAGUCAGAUGGAGGGACUGCUUGGGGUUCAUCACAUAUGCCAACUUUGUCAAUAUGUGAGAAAGAACGGAGCCCUUAUUCCCAAUGGGAUCAGCACCUCCAGACCCCCCAUGCAGGGUCUCAUGGAAGGGUUUGAGAUAAAGGUGUUAGAAGAAAUGAGCUCUGCCAGAGCCAUUGAGUGGAUCUCAAAAAGGUCAGAGGGAGCCUGGUGCUGCCUUCAUGAGUAGAGGUGCCUUCCUGAAGACACCCUCCAUGCCAUGGCCUGUGAUAACUGAAGGAAUAUGGAUGGCUAGUCCGUGUGAGUUGCCUGUUGUUUAUUCCCCCAAGUGCAAUUGGGUAGACAUGCACAGGGAUCAUGUGGGGUUUUUUUUUUUUUUCAAUCUUAUACUGGAAUUCUGUACUCGACACAAAUAGAAGGACAAAAAAAUGAUCUAGUUCAACACUAAUAUUAGUUUUAUGAGAGAGGAAACUGAGGCACUGAAAGAAAACAAACGUAGAACCUUGAGACCUGCAGUCCCUGGCCAGGAGAGAAAUGUUGGGAACCUGUGAGAGAGAAGAGUUAAGGUAAAGAGAGGAGGAAAGGCCAGUCUGGACAGGAGCGGUGAGAAGUUAGAGCUUUCAGGAAAGCUGGCUGUAUCCAAAGAGAAAAGACUAAAGAUUGCUGGGUGUAGUGGCACGCCUUUAAUCCCAGCACUUGGGAGGCGGGCAGAUCUCUCUGAGAUUGAGGUCAGCCUGGUCUACAUAGUGAGUUCCAGGCCAGUUGUUGCUACAGGGAACCCCUGUCUCAAAAAGAUCAAAAAAAAAAAAAAAAAAACAAAAAACCCAAAAAACUAAAGAUUAUGGCUCAGCCCCUGUUGUUCCCCUGGAGGAUUCUACAGGUUUUAACCCAGCAUUCUGGUCACCAGCUAAGCUUUUCCUAUUUCUUAGAAAACCUCAAACUCCUGAGAACAGCUGAUAGCCACCUCCCUGAAUUCAUCUGCACCUCCAUCUGAAGCUAGACAUUUUAUCCUCCAACAAACUGGAGGCAGACCUCACCAAGUCUGCCAGCCCCUAUCCCAGUAGUGUUUCUAUGGAAAUCCAUGUGGCCCAGUCAACUUAUAAAAUGACCUUCAUGUGGGAAAGUGAGAGAGUUCCCUCAAGGCAGAGAGAAAAGACAGUCUACUUUCAAUCAGAACCUUCCACUUAAAAUCAUUGGCGAUUCUAUACUUGUGUGUAUAUUUAUUUAUUUUUAUAUAAU